AAACGGGUCGGAUUACACAUAGGCAAUUCGACGGUCCUGAUUUCUUGUUUCGAAGGCCUCUCUUGUGCUUAUAAGCUCAUUUCCUCCUACCUCCGCCCCGAGCUAAACCCUAGCCCCAGGACGCCGCUGAGAGCUUCUUCGGAGCCAUGGGGGCUUACAAGUACGUGUCGGAGCUAUGGAGGAAGAAGCAGUCGGACGUGAUGCGGUUCUUGCAACGGGUGAGGUGCUGGGAGUACCGUCAGCUCCCCUCCAUCGUCCGUGUCACCAGGCCUACGCGCCCAGACAAAGCCCGACGCCUCGGUUACAAGGCCAAGCAGGGAUAUGUGAUUUAUCGGGUUCGUGUUAGACGUGGGGGCAGGAAGAGGCCUGUUCCCAAGGGUAUCGUCUAUGGGAAGCCCAAGAAUCAGGGUAUCACACAACUGAAGUUCCAAAGAAACAAGAGGUCAGUUGCUGAGGAGAGAGCUGGUCGGAAGUUGGGAGGUCUGAGAGUGCUUAACUCUUACUGGAUCAAUGAGGAUUCAACUUACAAAUAUUUUGAGGUUAUCCUUGUUGAUGCUGCUCACAAUGCAAUUCGCAAUGACCCAAGGAUCAACUGGAUUUGCAAGGGCGUCCACAAACAUCGUGAGCUUCGUGGACUGACUUCUGCUGGCAAGAAAUACCGUGGCCUCCGUGGCAAAGGUCACCUGCAUCACAAGGCCAGGCCAUCUCGCAGGGCAACUUGGAAGAGGAACCAGACACUGUCCCUCCGCCGAUAUCGUUGAGCUUCUUUAUUUUGUCGGUGUUUUCGGGAUUUUGUUUCAGAUAAACUCAAUAGUUACAUUUCUGUCAAUUUUGUUGUGUUUGUUUAAGCUGUUGCUAGACGCUUCAACCAUGCUAAGUCUUGAAGUUUAGAAAUCUAUGGCUUUUUUCUUUGGUGGUGCAUUAAUAUA